CUUUGAAUGACCAUAUUAGCCUCGUGACUUGCUGGACGACCGACGACCCCUGAAACGGGUCAGCAGACUGUUUUGGUUUCCAUCUGUUCGAAUUUUUAGCAGUAGAGCACAGGGAGGAGAAGGGUUUUGCGAUGGCGAAGUCGACGAGCAAGGACGCCCAAGCCCUUUUCCACUCUCUCCGUUCUGCUUAUGCGUCCACCCCCACUAAUCUCAAAAUAAUCGAUCUCUAUGUGGGUUUCGCCGUAUUCACUGCUCUGAUCCAGGUGGUUUACAUGGCUGUUGUUGGAUCAUUCCCAUUCAACUCAUUUCUUUCCGGCCUACUUUCUUGCAUAGGAACAGCAGUCCUCGCUGUUUGCCUCCGCAUCCAAGUGAACAAGGAAAACAAGGAAUUCAAGGAUUUAGCCCCAGAGCGUGCUUUUGCUGAUUUUGUUCUCUGCAAUUUGGUGCUCCAUUUGGUUAUUAUGAAUUUCCUCGGAUAAAUUGCCACCUUUGGUAGUUCUGUAAUUUUGUUUCCUUGAACUUAUUAACUAGGACACACCCAUAAAGCAGUUACCAUCCAGUGGCAGCAAAUUUUCCAUGGUUUGUAACUCUGGACUCUGGAGCAUACUACUUAUGAGAUAGAACAAGAAGAAAGGAAAAGAAAUUAUCACAGACAACUCUGCAGGCCCUCCCAGGCCCAUCUCUCUAGAAACAAACAUCAAUAUUUUGUCCUUACUGUGCAUCUUCGGUUUCUUUUUGUCAGUGCCAUCCUUGGUUUGUCAGGCUUAA